AUGAACACUCCCAUACCACAACCGGUAACCGUAGCGCGCAGCAAUAGUCUGCGUGUAUCGCCGAAGAAAUCAAGUUUGAAAACAAGUAAUGUGUCGCCUUCGAAUAUUAAUCCAUGUACGUCAGCGGCAUCAAUGCGGCCACCAUCUGUACAACCAUCGUUGAAAGCACGUGGCUACCCCUUCAGUGAUCCCAAUUACGCCCCUCUUCCACUGAGACCGCCUACUGUUACGACAUUCGGCGCUGAUAAAAAUGGUGGCGCAUAUAGUCAGCAAAGUACUGCCCGUAUAAUGUCUCCGAUGCUUACGGAAAAUAUUACACCACACCACUAUGACAAAGCGAAAGAAGUCGCUUCAUGGCAGCAGAAUGGUGCUGCGUAUAACGCGCAUUCUGGAGUGAUAUCACCCAGUUCGACAGUACCUUCAUCCAUUGUAUCUCCCCAAAAAACUACCGAUGAUGGUGUUGGCUAUGAAGAAUUCCGAGCUGCGUUAUCCAGCGUUGUCGAUCGAAGUGAUCCACGUGCAGACCUUGCCGAUUUUAAAGUGGUCGGUGAGGGAUCGACGGGUACUGUAUUGGCUGCUUAUAAGGUCUCUUCCAAACAAAUAGUUGCCGUGAAACGAAUGAAUCUGCGAAAGCAACAACGACGGGAGUUGCUCUUCAAUGAGGUCUCUAUCAUGAGGGAUUAUCAGCAUCCCAACAUUGUGCGGAUGUUUUCAUCACAUCUCGUUGGCGAUGAGUUGUGGGUGAUUAUGGAAUUCAUGGAAGGAGGCUCAUUAACUGAUAUCGUCACACAAACCAGGAUGACGGAACCACAGAUUGCCACUGUUUCACUGCAAGUGUUGAGAGCGCUGGAGUUUCUUCAUUCGCGCCGUGUUAUUCAUAGAGACAUCAAAAGUGAUUCCAUCCUUCUUAAAGUUGACGGAACUGUUAAGAUCUCUGACUUUGGCUUCUGCGGUCAGCUUUCGGAUGAGUUUCCACGUCGCAGAUCUCUGGUAGGAACUCCAUACUGGACAGCUGCAGAAGUUAUUGCUCGGCAACCAUACGAUACUGGUGCAGACAUUUGGUCGUUUGGAAUUAUGCUCAUUGAGAUGGUUGAGGGUGAACCACCGCUUUUCAAUGAACAACCAUUUCAGGUAGGCUGA